UCUCUCUCUCUCUCUCUCUCUCUCUCUCUCUCUCUGUGUUUGUGAUUCUGAGUUGAUGAUAUCAGGUAAAUUGUUGACCGAAUGAAUUACUAGCAAACUUGUAUUUAGGUUCUGUUUUAGCUUGAAAUUUUGUUAUUUUUCAAUGAUACAUGUAUGAUCUACCAUGAUUCAAUUGUUUUUAGGGUAUACCCAUUGCUAAGCUAUAUCAAUAUGGUGUCCUGGCGGUCUCUAGAAUUUACUUUUAAUUUUUUUCGAAUUUUUGGGUUUUAGGUUUCUUAAGGUUAACUUUUGAUUUUGCUAUCAUGGAUCCACGUUUCACUGAAUUUUCCGAUUCUACCGACUCUUUCAAUUUCGACGAUGAUUCCUUCUUACAGCCUGAAAAUCUUGCAAACAUGUUCAAAUUUAAAGAUGACCUUCCUUUGCUAGAUUUCGAUUCCGUUGACCCUUCUUUCCUUCCCCCCGAUUCUCCCGAACCCGGUUUCUUUGCGCAGACAUCGAGUAGAAACUCAGAAGUGGACUCUCAAGAUGAUAGUGACUUUUCUGGUAAUGUUCUUAAUUACAUAAAUUCCAUAAUCAUGGAGGAGAACAUAGAGCAGAAACCCAGUAUGUUUCAUGAUCCUUUGGCCCUACAAGAAACUGAGAAAUCGUUAUAUGACGUUCUUGGCGAAAAGUACCCUGCCUCCCCCAAUCAACCAUCCCCUCUUUACUUCAAUCCAAAUGUUGAAAGCCCUGAUUUUUUAUUUGGUGGUUCCAGUGAGCAGAGUGCUGGAACCAAUACUAACGGUACCAAUUCCAUUGAUUCUCAAUGGAUUGUUGACCCAGGAGAGCAAAAACAAUCUGUACUAAGUUCUCCUUCCGGAUACCCUUUUGAGACCACUUUGAAACCUACUUCGCAGUUGUCAUUUGACUCUACAAGGGGUUUCAGUGAUGAUUCUAAUGGUCUAAUGGACUCUUCUAUGAGUAGCCAUCUGGUUUCAAACAUGUUUAGCAAUAGCGAAUCCAUUUUGCAGUUCAAGAGAGGGAUGGAGGAAGCUAGCAAGUUCCUUCCUAAAAAUAAUCAAUUGAUUAUUGAUUUGGAUAGCUAUAAAUUGCCUCCACAAUCGGAGGAAAGGGCUUCAGAGGUUGUAGUCAAGGUGGAGGAGGGCAGGGACAGCUUGCCGAAUGGAUCUAGGGGUAGGAAGAAUCAUCACCGGGAGGAUAUUGAUUUAGAAGAGGAGAGGAGUAGCAAGCAGUCAGCAGUUUACAUGGACGAGUCUGAGUUGUCCGAGAUGUUUGAUAGGGUUUUGCUAUUUACUGGUAUGAAAGUGGACCCUGUGUGCCAUAAUGGCUGUAAUGGAGAAGAAGAAGUGCAGCAGACUGAAGCAACCAAGACCUCCCAGCAGAAUGGACAACCACAUGGAUCUAGUGGCGCAAAGACUCGUGCUAAGAAACAGGGCAACAAAAAUGAAGUGGUGGAUUUGAGGACACUCUUGAUUAAUUGCGCGCAAUCUGUUGCUAUUGAUGAUCGCAGGACUGCCAAAGAACAACUUAAGCAGAUUAGGCAGCACGCUUCUCCUUUUGGUAAUGGGUCUCAGAGGGUAGCCCAUAUCUUUGCCAAUGGUCUUGAGGCACGCUUGGCUGGCACUGGAAGCCAGAUUUAUGCAACCCUAGCUUCCAAGAGGAUUACAGCUGCAGAAAGGUUGAAAGCUUACCAGCUUUAUCUUUCAGCUGCACCAUUCAGGAUGAUAUCGACAUUCUUCUCAAACAAAAUGAUUUUGGAUUUAGCUAUGAAUUCAACCAAAAAAAAGCUCCAUAUUAUUGAUUUUGGUAUCCUAUAUGGUUUCCAGUGGCCCAUCCUUAUCCAAUACCUCUCAGCCCUACCUGGUGGAGCCCUGGAACUUCGAAUCACUGGGAUAGAGCUUCCACAACCUGGUUUCCGACCUGCAGAAUUGGUUGAGGAGACAGGGCGUCGCUUGGCAAAGUAUUGUGAACGCUUUAAUGUUCGAUUUCAAUACCAUGGCAUAGCACAGAAAUGGGAAACUAUCAAAAUUGAGGACCUGAAUAUACAGAGUGAUGAGGUGCUUGCUGUGAACUCUCUCUUCCGGUUUAGGAUACUACCUGAUGAGACAGUUGACGUGGAUAGUCCAAGGGAUGCUGUUCUGAAGUUAAUUAGGAAGAUGAAUCCGGACAUUUUCACUCAUUCUGUUCUUAAUGGAUCCCACAAUGCCCCCUUCUUUGUCACUCGGUUUCGUGAGGCACUUUUCUACUACUCUUCAAUAUUUGAUAUGUUUGACAUUACUAUGUCCCGUGAAGGUCAGGAAGGUCAGGAGAGGGUAAACUUAGAGAGAGAGUUCUAUGGGCGUGAAGUUAUGAAUAUAAUUGCUUGUGAGGGUGCAGAAAGGGUUGAGAGGCCCGAGACAUACAAGCACUGGCAGGUUCACAACAUGAGGGCUGGUUUCAAGAUGCUCCCUUUGAAUCAGGAGCUGUUAAAAAAAUUCAGGGGUAAGUUGAAGACAGGAGGGUACCACACUGAUUUUGUGAUCGAAGAAGAUGGUCAAUGGAUGCUGCAGGGAUGGAAGGGUCGGAUUUUCUGUGCUAGCUCCUGUUGGGUACCUGCAUAACUUUUGAAGGCAUGCUUGUUAUAACUCUGCAUUGAAGACUACAGCUUUCUACCCAAUGUUGCUGGCAUUGAUGUUUGAGAACACAGGCAAAGAUCAUAUGCAGUGGUAUCUGCUUUCGUGCAGAAGAAACUUAAGGGUUAUGAGGGUGGUGUAUUAUCAUGCACAAAUUUUACAGGAUAAUACUUCUUGGUGUUUAAGUAAAUUUAGUGGCACAUCACUCAGUGGACGUGGUUUUCAAGAAACAUCUUCUAGCAUGGUUUAGUACCAUGGGUGUAAGGUGGAGGAGGGCAGUGUAAAGAUUUGUAACUUGUUAAGGACCUUGUUGUGUUCAUGAAGCUGUUGUUAUGCUAUCACUUACUGUUGUAGAUUUACAUCUUGCUUGUAGAUUUCUCACAAGCUAGUAGCUGCGUGUGACUGUCUGUUUGAUCAGAUUUGCAAAUUGAAAGUAAAAGUUUUCAUAUUUUGUUCUGUUGUA